AUGUCUGCUCCUCCCUUGAAUUGCCAACCCUUUUACAUUGUAACCUCAGGUCACAAAGUCUCGAUCACGCUCGAGGAGCUUGGGCUUCCCUAUGACAUAACCGUCGUGGAACUUGGGAAGCUGGCCCACAAGGAGCCAUGGUUCCUAGCAAUAAAUCCGAAUGGGCGAAUUCCGGCUCUGACGGAUGAAUUAUCAGAAAAAAUUCCCAUCUCAUUAUUCGAGUCAGGCAGUAUUCAACAGUAUCUAGUCGACAAUUAUGAUCCAGAACAUAAGCUGUCCUACCCUAAAGGCAGUAAGGAGUAUUAUGAAACGAAUAAUUGGCUUUUCUUCCAAAAUGCUGGUGUAGGACCAAUGCAGGGCCAGGCCAAUCACUUCAUACGCUACUCGUUGGCAGCAGAACCAAUUCCAUAUGCUAUCUACAGAUAUAAGAACGAAACAAGACGUUUAUACCGUACUGUCGACAGCAAGCUUAGGCAAUCUGGGUCUGACUAUCUUGUUGGUAAUAAAUGCACCAUCGCCGACAUAGCCCUCUGGUGCUGGGUGAAUUCGGCAAAGUUCUCUGAAAUCGAUAUUAACGAGUUUCCAACAUUGCAGAUUUGGCACAAGAGAAUCGCGUCGCGGCCAGCAGUGCAGAAAGGAUACAACGUACCAAGUGGCGCUGAUUUAAACAAAGUACUUGAUGAGCCCGAAAAGCUGAAGGAGUUUCUCGAUGGUAACAAAGCUUGGAUUGCAAAUGGACUGAAGCAAGAUGCGCGGGAAUGAGUUUUGUCCAAAUAGAAUGUGGGUAUUAAGAUCUGCUCGACACUAAACAUGAACAAAUCUGUAAAUUUUACUAAUAUGAUUCUG